CAGCCAGCCCCACUCAGCUUCCUCCCUGUAGGCUCUCUCUGCCUGAGGACACUGUGACUUCCUUGUUAAGUCACAAUUGGGCUGAAAGCAGAGCCUGGCCAAGCUGACAGACAGGUCCUCAGGGGCUGCCCUCCUACUGAAUCCAGGUGGCCCUGCAGGGCCACAGGUACACAAUGAAGUACCCUCUGGUGCCGCUGGUGAACGACCUCACACUCUCUUUCCUGGUUUUCUGGCUCUGCCUGCCCGUGGCUUUGCUGCUCUUCUUGAUGAUCGUCUGGUUACACUUCUUACUUAGUCAAGAGUCAAAGGAAGACAAUUCAGAUUUAUGCUUCAGCUGGGAGCCCUGGAGCAAGGGACUAUCCGAGUCUGGCUGCGACGGGACAUUUCCUGGCCAGGAGGACAGGCUCCACUGGUGAGCCUGCUUUACCAGGCCUAAGUGGAUGGAGGGAGGAGAACACUGGUGACUGAUGGGCCUUCCUGGGACCUCUGGUUGUCAGCCCUGCCAAGCCUCUUGCCAAACCAUCCAUUCUCCAUCAUCACAGAUGACCCAGAACCUGGAAGAGCCAGGCCCAAGCAGCUUAUGGGGGCCAGCUGACCAGCUCAACUCACAGGAGGUGUUGGUUACCUAUUAAAGAAAUGGGGGUGCUCUUGUGCCCUAACAGA